CCCACAUUCCCACCACCCAUAUCAACCUCUCUCUCUCUCUCUCUCUCUCUCUCUACAAACACACACACACAAAAAUAUGGGUGUAAAAGGUGACUUCACGGUGGUGGUUACCAAGAAAGAGGUGGUGGCGACGGUGCUGCCAAUGCAAGAGCAUUGGCUACCAAUGUCCAACCUGGACUUGCUGUUGCCACCGGUGGACGUGGGAGUUUUCUUUUGUUACAAAAAGACCCCAGAGGAGGACAACUUAUUAACAUUUGGGUCUAUGUGCUGUGUCUUGAAGAAGGCCUUGGCCCUGGUUCUGGUUUCCUACUACCCAUUUGCUGGGGAGAUAGUCCAGAACACUGUGGGUGAGCCUGAGAUUCUCUGUAAUAACAGAGGAGUUGAUUUCAUUGAGGCCUUUGCUGACGUGGACCUCUGUCAUCUUGACUUGUAUAAUCCUGAUGAGAGUGUUGAAGGCAAGUUGGUGCCUAAGAAGAAGCAAGGGGUGCUUUGUGUUCAGGUGACAGAACUCAAAUGCGGCGGACUGGUGGUGGCAUGCACAUUCGAUCACCGGGUGGCCGACGCAUACUCCACCAACAUGUUUCUUGUCUCAUGGGCGGAGACGGCUCGAUCAAUACCACUUUCUUUUCGCCCAUCAUUUCGCCGAUCACUUCUCUACCCCCGUCGCCCAGGACUCUAUUCAUGCUCCCUAGAUCACCUCUACAUCCCAAUCUCUGCCUUGCCACCACCACCAGAACCCGAACAUCCCCUCGUAGACCACCUCAUAAGCCGCAUUUACUACAUCUCCGCCGACAACCUCACCCGCCUCCAGUUACUCGCAAGCGCCAAUGGAGCCCACAAGACUAAGCUGGAGACAUUUUGUGCCUUUUUAUGGAAACUAGUCGCCGCAGGAGUAACAGAAAGAGGGCAAUUUUGUAAACUAGGAAUUGUGGUGGAUGGACGGAUAAGAUUGAGCGAAGGAAAGAUCGACAAGUCCAAACUCUUCAAUUCGUACUUUGGAAAUGUCUUGUCAAUUCCAUAUGGGGAAAAGCCAGUUCGUGUAUUAACCAGCCAGCCGUUGAGUUCAACGGCCGAUUCGGUUCAUGAGUUUCUAGAAAGUGCUGUUACCAAGGACCACUUCUUGGAUUUAGUUGAUUGGGUGGAGGCCCAAAGGCCCGAGCCAGUACUGGCUCGGAUUUAUGCGGGCGGGGAGGAAGGGUCCAAUGGGCCGGCUUUGGUGGUUUCGUCGGGCCAGCGGUUUCCGGUUUCAAAAGUGGAGUUCGGGUGGGGGAAGCCGGUGUUCGGGUCGUACCAUUUUCCGUGGGGCGGCGAAUCGGGUUAUGUGAUGCCGAUGCCGAGUCCGGUGGGGAAUGGUGAUUGGGUUGUGUAUAUGCAUUUGAUGGAAGGGCAGGUGGAGUUGAUAGAGAGAGAAGGGAGCGAUGUGUUUAGCCCCUUGACUUUUGAUUAUCUUGAUGGUAAUUAAGUGAAUUUAAGAGGGGGAAGAAUGUAAUAAAAAUAUAAUGGAAGCUGUUGCUGUUUUAUGUUGGGACCAUUAAUCCUAAUUCUACUAUGUACUAUGGUUUGAAACGAAUGUAUGAUGUGACAUUUAUUUCGCGUCACGUAUAUGCUACGCAAUUGACAUUGCAGUCAA